UUGUUUUUUUCCUACGAAUUUUAUUUUAGCGUAGCUUUUAAUUAUGUUAAAUCAUCAACAAUAUCGAUGGAGCCAUAAUACCCAAAGAUUGAUUGAAUUAUGUUAAGAUUAAGACUAUAACGGAAAGUGGUUAAUAUACUAAUAUUGAGGAUGGAUUCGUCAGCAUUGCAGGACACAAAUAGAGUUUGCGUGAAAACCGAGCCCUGUGAGGAUGUGUGUAUACCAGAUGAGGCCACGUUCGAGGGAGUGUAUGUGAAACCUGAGCCCUUGCUAUGUGUAAAAAACGAGCCCAGGUGCGAGGGUGUGUGGAUAAAAGCCGAGCCUUCGUGCUCAGAUGUGUGUGUAAAAGAGUUGCUUGGCGGGACUGCGGCGGCGAGGCUGUGUGCCGACGAUGCAGUUAAAGAUGAGCCCGUGCUCGCCCCCGAGCUAAUAGAGCGACGUGACAUGCGCCAAGCACCAACAGGGCAAACACCAAAGAAGAAACAAACCCAGAAAAGUUAUGAAUGCCCCCACUGUGGGUAUGAAUCAGCUAUAAAACUAUGCUUAGAUAGGCACUUGAGCAGGCACACUAAUGAGAAACCAUACAGAUGUAAUCACUGCAGCUAUGCUAGCAGCCGAAAAGAUGCUUUGGUAGUUCAUAUAAGGAAACACACUGGCGAAAAACCAUACAAGUGCGAACAAUGUAGUUUCGCCACUGCCCACAAAAGCACUUUGCAACUUCAUGCAAGGGGGCAUAGGAUGAAUAUAAGUGGGAAACCUUACAAGUGUGACCGUAGUGAUGUACAAACACAUAAAAUGGUAGACACUAGCGACACUGGUGGUAUACUUUAUAAAUGUAACCACUGCACUUAUGCAAGCGGACGUAAAGUUAAUGUGCAAACUCAUGCAAGGAUACAUAGGAAUGGUGAACAAGAGCCGUACAAGAUGUUACAUCUCUAUUAUCAAGGGGGUAAACCCUAAGGUUUUUCUUCCUCGCGUUAUCCCGGCAAUUCGCCAUGGCUCAUGAGAGCCUGGGGUCCGCUUCACAACUAAUCCCAUGAUUUGACGUAGGCACUAGUUUUUACGAAAGCGACUGCCAUCUGACCUUCCGACCCGAGGGUAAACUAGGCCUUAUUGGGAUUAGUCCGGUUUCCUCACGAUGUUUUCCUUCACCGAAAAGCGACUGGUAAAUAUCAAAUGAUAUUUCGUACAUAAGUUCCGAAACACUCAUUGGUACCAGCCGGGGUUUGAACCCGCGACCUCCAGAUUGCAAGUCACACGCGCUCAUCGCUAGGCCACCAGCGCUUAAACCCUAAGGUUUAAAAAAAAUGUAUACUUCCAGGAAUGUAAUAAAAUGUUUUUUUUAC